AUGAAUUCGAACGUUGUGUACUCGUCCGUGUGCCGAAACGGAGGGGAUGCGGCGGCCUACGGAGCCGCGACCACCCCACAGCAGACGAUUUACAACGGCGGGACAGCCGGCUCGAGUCCCGAGUCCAUCUCGGCGUACUACCACCAUCAGCAACCACCAACCGGACCGUCGUACCUUCCGACCACCCUGAUGACACCGUACUCCAGUGCUCCUGAACUUCGUACACCCCCAUUGCACCCCGAGGCCACAAAUGGCCAUCACACCCCCCACCAAAUCAUCAGCGACAGUAAUGGUCUCAGCUACACCAACUUGGACCAAUCGCAUUUUCAUCAGCAACGACCUGCUAAUCCAACGUACCAUCAUACCCACUACAGCGCGGUGGCCGACGUGGCCCCGCGUAACACAGCGUACCACCACCCGUAUCGAAACCUCGACUAUUCUUACGAGUUCGGAGGGCACCAGGGCCCCGACCAUCAGGGGGUCUCCUUGGGUCCAGAAGGGGCGAGAGUGGUCAGUGGAUUUGGCAUGACAGCCUCCACCUAUCCGUACUUGGAUUCCUUGAGCUUGACCGGCAGAAAUGGGUACGGUGCGUACGAAAAGUACGACCCAGCACUAAGAGAGAGCUGUCAGAUGAAUGGAGGGUACCAGUAUGGUUCCCCGGUACACCGGUCCCGUGUACCGACGGCACAGCCGGCAUCUUUACCUAUGUUCAAGUGGAUGCAAGUCAAGAGGAGUGUACCAAAACCACCUGCUAAACCAGACUACAAUGGAUACAACUCAUCGACGCCCAACAACAAUGAUCCUAACGGAGGAACAGGCACAGGGAGAACCAACUUCACAUACAAACAGCUGACAGAGCUUGAGAAGGAAUUUUAUUUUAGUCAAUACCUAAACAGGGCUAGAAGGAUUGAAAUUGCAAAAGUUCUUCAUCUCAACGAAACACAGGUGAAAAUUUGGUUUCAAAAUCGAAGAAUGAAACAAAAGAAGAGACAAAAGGAGGGCAUCGUUCCAAUAGAUCCGUCAAGUUCUGGAGGCGAAACUGGUUCCUCUCCUUUACCCGCAACUGGUUCAGUACCUGUUAGCUCAUCCAAUAGUGUUCCUCCAGUGCCCGUGGUUACUACUGGACCGAUGACUUCUCCAGAAAAUAGCAAAUGAUACUAUCGACAAGUUCUUCGAACAAACUACUUUUAAAUAUGUUCUCAGUCAUCAAUGCUCAACUGGGAUGGUAAGUUCUGGAGUUCCUUUUUGUUCUAUUUGAACUGUUCAGUCAGACUCAAGAACUCGAACAUUUCAGACUUUGACUGUUCCUUUGCCAAAAGCAGUUUCAUUAAAAUCUCAAAAUCAAAUAACAUCUGAGGAACAUGUCAUCACUCGGUGAUCUACUACAAAUGAAAGACAAUUUUAUAACAACCCGUUGAAUUUAAGGAUGGUUUAUGAACAUUUAUCAUACUGCCAAGAAAGUAUUUGAAAAC